AUCUAGUCAUUAUUGCCAUUACAUGUGUUAAACAGAAUUAUGCGAUUAGGAUGAUUAUGUUGUAACUUUGGUACGCAUACAGUUUUGUAAUAACCAUGGAUAAAGUUCAAGUCCCCGUCUUUUACAUAUCGAUGUCUGACCGUCUGUCUGUUGUUAUGGAUACAAUAGGAGUGAGUGACUACCUCGUGUCGACCAGGCGGGACGCAUACCUUAAACGAGAAACAAUGAGGUCAAUAUUUUACCAGCUUAGUGGAUUAAACAUUAGGACAUAUCACUUUGGCAGUCAAACUGAAGGGACGACAACGAUUGGGAUGGACUCGGAUUUAGACACUUUAGAUUGCCAGCAAAGUUUUAACAUGAUUACUGAUCAUAACCUGAAGGAUAUGGAGAAAGAGAACAUGUUUUUGAUUCAAAAUGAUUUAACGCCCCCUGGUCAUUGUCGCUUACACCAGAUUGACUUUCGCACAGAAUCGGACACGUACCCGCAUGAUGAAUGCAUUUUUGAUGAAGAGAAUAGAUUGAUCCUUGAAAAUAAGUUCUCACUGAAUGUUGAAAAAUCCGCUUUUGAAUAUCUAGGAUUUUCAGAAUAUAAAAAACACGGUCCAUCAGGGAGUCCGUUUCCGGAUAAAGAUAUCGUAAACGGAUUUCCAUGCAAAACAUGGCCCAUUAAAUCUUCUCUCUGGUUGGACCGUCCUCGAGCUGACCACUGGUUGUCACGUAAAGCAGUAUCGGAUGUCUUAAGCAGCGAGUGUUUCAUCGUUUCUGUCGGCCAUCCUAUAAGCGAAAACGAGCAUGUGGAAUGGCGAAUAUCGUUUUCGAAAUCGGAACGGGUGUUGUUGUUUAACAUGAACAAUAUACAAAUUAAAUGCUAUGUUCUGCUUAAACUCAUAAAAAAUGAAAUACUUAAACCGAUUGCUGGAGACAAGUUUACAAGUUUUCAUUGCAAGAUUGCAGUUUUGUUUACAAUAGAGAGAUUACCAAACGGAUUUUGGGUACGGGAGAAUCUUCUAUCGUGUCUGUAUAUGUGCUUAAAGACGCUUCAAAUGUUUCUUAUAUCAGGCCACUGUCCUCAUAUUUUCAAUCCGGCUGUUAACUUAUUUGCAGGAAAGAUAACUCUGAGUGUGCGAUUGAAUUUGUUACAAUGUAUCACUAGCCUUAUCAAUGAUCAUGCAAAAUAUUUAUUAUCUAUGAAAAGUGAUUCUCUUGGAACGCUUCUUACAGUAUUAACAAAUACACUCAACUUUCCACUGUUGCUUAGCACGUGUAUUUCGAAUGUUUCCAUGGAAACAGAGAAAUGCAUCAUUGGAAAACUUAUUUAUGACAAACAUGUUUCACUUUAUGGGGAUAUUUUUUCUAUUCUGUCUUACACAAUCAAACUGGAGCACUCCGUGCAGGAUUGUAUUCGUACUCUAAGCAACCAUGUGAAAAAAGCAAACGACUACUUUGUGCACGGAAUUCCCGACGAGAAGGUAUCAGCUAAACUGAUCAUGGCCUAUCUAAGUCCGUUUAUUGCUUCGCUCUUGGUUGCAAGUAGUGGAAGAAAGACCCCACGGGGUGUUUAUUCAUUUGUGAACUUUCUUUUAACGCUUAUGGAUAAAGUAUUCUGCAUCGACGUAGCAUCCAGCAAUCUUAAACUUGCCACGUUGUAUUACGUUAAAGGUGACAUCAAAAAGACACGGACUAUUUUAAAUACGAUUGAAAAGAGAUUUGGAAACUAUGUUGUGCCGGUUUGUGGCAAUUGUGACUGUAUGGAACAUCCAGGCAAGAAGUUUGUGAAUGUCGUGUAUAACUCCACAGACGAUAACACGGUGUACACGUGCAUUUCAAACUGUGUAACAUUUUUACGUCAGGAGUAUAAAUGCUGCCCGUUCGCGCUCCGAUACGAAAUGUUUCGAUCAACUACAGAAGACGCUAAGCGGAAAAAAGUGGGAAUGAAUGAAUGGAUGGACAUGGCCGAAAUAGACGCACAACCUUAUCUUUACUUCAUGCAGUUUUUAGUAUAUAAACGCUUGGGUGAUGAAGAUCGGCAGUACAAUGCCAUAUUCAAACUUGCGUCUCUUUUACAACAAAAUUCUCCUUUGUAUCAUAAAGAAACAGCUUUCAACCUUUUAGGUCAGUGUUGGGAAUUUAAGGACAACCUAAACUUGGCGUUGAUAUGUUAUGACGCAUCUUUACGUCUUGUUGACGUUAACAAUGCAGCGAAAUGGCACCUUUCGAAAUUGGUAUACCGUGCACUAUGCAAGUCCGGAAGGAUUAAAGUUUCUCAACCGGAUACGACCGAGGGGAGAUGUUGUUACUUGUUGUGAGGUACCAGUGAGAUAUUUAUCUCGGGCAUUAAAGCAACAUGCCUCCAGAUUCGGCUCAUUACAUGAAAAUUUUGAAAGCAUUUUUAAAAGUAAAAAACAUUGUGAAAUAAACAAAGAUAGUAAUUUACGCAUUGCAAACGGCACUUACAAGCUACGUUAUUUAAAAAGAGGUCAAAACAUGUAAAGUUAACCCUAACUUCGCUAGUCACGCAGUAAAAAUGUGGUGAUAAAUACUGCGAAAUCAGUCAUAUAUCACUAACACCAUGUAAAUAAUACUUAAAUCUUGAAGCUUUGUACUUUUCUUAAAGUUUUAGCACAUUUUUCUCUGCGUUUUUUUUUUGCUCAUCUGGAGGUAUACAGCUUUAAUAGAGAGGUUAUACUUUUUCCGAUUUCGUUGAGUGUGUUUUACAGUUUAUUCAUUAAAUGUACGGUGUUGCUUAGAUUAUUUUAUUUAACUUCACAUUUUAAUGACCUUCCACGAAAAGCCUGCCUCUAGGGGUGUGCAAUUUAUCGUGAUAUACUUGAUACCGCAAUAUUUUAUCUAGCAAUAUAAUGUAUCGCAAUAUCUUGUCAGAUAUCGCAAUAUAUCGAAGCUAAGAAGUUUUGAUGAAGAAAAAAAAACCUUGUACGAGUAUACUGAGUAUAGCUUGAUUUCAAAUGGCAUUUGCAUAAAGUUGUUGAAACGUCUUCAGUUACAUGUACCUAGCGAUUACCGGUCCUUUAUCAAACCUAAAAUGGAUUAACAAAAUAUAUUUCGAUCAAAAAUAUGUGCUUUUCCGUUAAUAAACAAACAAACAAACAAACAACCAAAUUAACAGAAAAACUGGAAGAGGUGAUCUAGCGUAAAUACAUUCUGCAUGAUUUAGUUUGUCUCUGUUCCCCUGUAUAUAGUUGAUAGAUAGAUUUUAACAGGAUCAUUAUUGGUGAUUUAUAUAGGAAUGGUCCCCUGUGUUCCUAUUAAAGCACUUACUCUUACGCAAAGAAGUCUUGAAACAAUGGCUAAAUCAGUGAUCCCUCUCAAAUUCCUUGUUCCUAUGGGCUAAUGCUUAUUUGAAGUAUGCGAGAGCCUCGUUCUUGAAUCUGAUUUUACCCAGUUCCGGUGUCCGAACUGUUCCGUAUAUAACAGAACUGUAUUCAAUACCACUCGUACCACACAAUAUUAAAGCAAGCAAACAUCAAGAGUAAGCCUUUAGAUGAAACAAAAAUAUUUUUUAAAAUGAGACUCGACCAUGAUAAGCCUUUAACUGUUUCAACAGUUUCAGUUGAAAUAUCACUUAAUAAACUUAUAUAAUAGGACAAUAAAAUUGUCUAUUGUCUGUUUUCACCCAAAUAAAAUGUAACGUUAAAUUGUUAUUGUUAUUUCAACAUUCAUCAUUUAUUUCUCCUUAAGUAAAUACAUAGCACACGUAUCCAGCUUUAAAUAUUUUCCGGCGAGUGAGGCUAAAAAAAUGUUGGCGUCACACUAAAUAUAGCAUAUUCCGGUGUAAACCGGACCAGGUGCUUGAACAUGUAUGCGUCUCUUUAAACCGAUUUAAUACAUAACAGCUAUAAUUUCCCUAC